AUGAACCACUCGGAGCGCAUCUACGAGCGGUGGCUUCUACUCGACUUCCUCGGCAUCCUGUGCUUGAUCGCUGGCAGCUGGGUGCCGGGCGUCUACUACGGGUUUUACUGCCAGCGGGCGGAUGCCAAGUUCUAUCUGACUCUGAUUUUGGUCCUAGCCGCGGCGUCCGCCGUCGUCUGCCUGGUGCCCAUGUGCCGCACGCCGGCGUGGAAGCCGUUCCGCACGUCCAUGUUCCUGUCGCUGGGCGUGGCCGGCUUCUUCCCCAUGGCACACGCCGCCCGGGCGUACGGCGUCGGACUGGCACACGCGCGUAUGGGCUGGGGCUUCUUCAUGCUCGAAUUCGUCUUCUACGGCGCCGGCGUCGCCGUAUACGCGACGAAGGUGCCCGAGAAGUGGGGUCCGGGGGGUAGUGACGAGAUGAAGUGA